UGCGUCUUGAUGGUUCCACUCAUGAACUUUCAAACUUAGGGCAGCUUGGACCAGUGCAGCAUCUGUUUAACUGCCAGAUUCAUGAAGCGGCACCUCCAGCAUUCUGUCUUCGACAUGAUGUUGAUGGCAUCUUAUGGCAGCCAGCAGGAAUGGAUACAUUCACUCAUAUUGCAACUUACAAUGCCUUUGGUUAUGUGAAGGCCUCCAAAACCAUGGCAAAAUUUACUUGUGCUUCUGCAGAUGUCUCCUAUGUGGCAGUGGCAGAUGUUAGAAGCCACAUUUAUGUCUUCUUUCAGUCUGAGGUGUUUGGUGGAGAACUGCGUAAUAGAAGAUCUGGAAAGAUUUCGAAUACAGUGGCAAGGCAGUUAGUGUUUUCUAUGAAGACACAUGCUGAGAUAUUGGGACUUCAUGCUUCUCCUAGUGUCCUUUUUGUGCUAACAGAUCAAGCAGUUUAUGCAUAUUGUAUAUGCAGUCUUUAAUGUUGAAGGUGCAAUUUGCAUAUAUCUGGUCUCUACAGUAUGAAAAUAGUUUUAGACAUAACCUGCAAUAUGGAAGUUUUUUUUUAAUAUGUCGGCCAUUUCCCACCGAGGUAGGGUGACCCAAAAAGAAAGCAAACCCCAAAAAGAAAGAAAAAGCUUUUAUCAUCAUUCGGCACUUUCACCAUCACUCAUACAUAAUCACUGUCUUUGCAGAGGCACUCAUAUGACUUUUCUAGAUGUCCCUCCAAAUUGCCAAUAUCCCAAACCCCUCCUUUAAAGUGCAGGCAUUGUACUUCCCAUUUCCAGGACUCAAGUCUAGCUAAUUGGAUAUUGUAGCUACAGUUAGAGUAAGAGGUAGAGGGACAAAAGGAAAAUGGCAGCAGUGGGGCAGAAGUUUGUGGCUAUAGGAGGGUAGGUGCAGGAGGAAAAAUGAGUGAUUGGUGGAAUGAUGAGGUAAAGGGUGCAAUAAAGGAGAAAAAGGUAGCUUAUGAGAGGUUUUUACAAAGCAGAAGUGAUAUAAGAAGGGCAGAGUAUAUGGAGAGUAAAAGAAAGGUGAAGAGAGUGGUAAGAGAGUGCAAAUGAUAGAGUGGGAGAGGUACUGUCAAGAAAUUUUGCUGAGAAUAAGAAAAAAAUUUUGAAUGAGAUGAACAGGUUAAUUAAGAAAGCCUAGGGAUCAAAUGGAUUGGUCAGUUAAAACAGAGUAGGGAAGUUAGUAGAUAGGGACCUGGAGGUAUUGGGUAGAUAGCAGGAAUAUUUUGAGGAACUUUUAAAUGUUGAUGAAGACAGGGAGGCAGUAAUUUCAUUCACUGGCCAGGGAGGUAUAACAUCUUUUAAGAGUGAAGAAGAGAAGGAUGUGAAUGUGGGGGAGGUGCGUGAGGCAUUACAUAGAAUGAAAGGGAUAAAGCAGUGGGAACUGAUGGGAUUAUGACAGAAAUGUUAAAAGCAGGGGAGGAUAUAGUGUUGGAGUGGUUGGUAUUUUUGUUUAAUAAAUGUAUGAAAGAGGGGAAGGUACCUAGGGAUUGGUAGUGUGUGUAUAGUUCCUUUAUAUAAAGGGAAGGGGGACAAAAGAGAUCGUAAAAAUUAUAAGGGCAUAAGUUUACUGAGUAUACCAGGUAAAGUGUAUGGUAGGGUUAUUAUUGAAAGAAUUAGAGGUAAGACAGAGAGCAGGAUUGCAGAUGAGCAAGGAGGUUUUAGAAUGGGUAGGAGAUGUGUAGAUCAAGUGUUUACAUUGAAGCAUAUAUGUGAACAGUAUUUAGAUAAAGACAGGGAAGUUUUCAUUGCAUUUAUGGAUUUGGAAAAGUCAUAUGAUAAUGGAUAGGGAAGCAAUGUGGCAAAUGUUGCAAGUAUAUGGGAUAGGUAGUAAGUUAAUACAUGCUGUAAAGAGUUUUUAUGAGGAUAGUGAGGCUCACAUUAGGGUGUGUAGGAGAGAGGGAGAUUACUUCCCAGUAAAAGUAGGUUUUAGACAGGGAUGAUGUAAUGUCACCAUGGUUGUUAACAUAUUUGUAGAUGGGGUUGUAAAAGAAGUAAAUGCUAGUGUGUUGGGGAGAGGGGUGGGAUUAAAUUAUGGGGAAUCAAGUACAAAAUGGGAGUUGACAUAGUUACUUUUUGCUGAUGAUACUGUGCUUUUGGGAAAUUCUAAAGAAAAGUUGCAAAGGUUAGUGAACGAGUUUGGGAGGGUGGGUAAAGGUAGAAUGUUGAAGGUGAGCAUAGAUAAGAGUAAGGUGAUGAGGGUAUCAAACAAUUUAGAUAAAGAAAAACUGGAUAUCACAUUGGAAGGAAGGAGUAUGGAAGAAGUGAAUGUUUUCAUAUAUUUGGGAGUUGAUUUGUCCAUGGAUGGUUUUAUGAAGGAUGAGGUUAACCAUAGAAUUGAUGAGGGAAUAAAGGUGAGUGGUGCAUUGAGGUAUCUGUGGAGACAUAAAAUGUUGUCCAUGGAGGCAAAGAAGGAAAUGUACUAGAGUAUAGUGGUAACAACACUCUUGUAUGGGUGUGAAGCAUGGGUUGUAAAUACUGCAGCGAGGAGGCAGUGGAGAUAUCCUGUCUAAGGGCAAUGUGUGGUGUAAAUAUUUUGCAGAGAAUUCGUAGUGUAGAAAUUAGGAGGUGUGUAGUUACUAAAAGUAUUAGUUAGAGGGCUGUUGAGGUGGUUUGGUAAUUUAGAAAAAAUAGAACAAAGUAGAAUGACUUGGAGAGUGUAUAAAUCUGUAGGGGAAGGAAGGUGGGGUAGGGGUCGUCCCCAAAAAAGGUUGGAGGGAGGGGGUAAAGGAGGUUUCGUGGGCAAGGGGCUUGGACUUCAAGCAGGCAUGCAUGAGCUUGUUAGAUAGGAGUGAAUGGAGAAGAAUGGUUUUUGGGACCUGACAAGCUGUUGGAGUGUGAGUAGGGUAACAAUUUGUGGAGGGAUUCAGGAAAACCAGUUAGCCAGACUUGAGUCCUGGAAAUGGGAAGUACAAUAUGCAAAUUGUGUGUAAUAAUAUCAGCAAGUUAUGUUGCAAAUCUCAGACAUAGGAUGUAUUUGCUAGAGUGAUAAGGAUUUGAAUGUACAGUCUGUUGGUUGUAAAAUUACCAGCCUACUGCAGACUCCAGUCUUGAUCACUCAGGUGAAUUGUUACAUUAGUUAAUUACAAUUUUUCAGCACAGAGAUUAGAGUGUUCAAAUAAUUAUUGGUAUUAAUGAAGAAGAUGGUAGAAAGGGAGGAGUAGAAGCUUUGAUGGAAGGAUAUUGACAUGUAACUCUCAAACCAACACAAUACCUAAACUAAUGUUAGAUAGUUCAACCAAGCCCUCAAAAGUUUGUGAACCAAAUAAUCACAGCGUGACAAAGGUACGCACUAAACAUAUGACUAUGAUUCGUAUAUGAAAAAAUAGUAGAUGAAAACUAAUUGACUGAGAUGAUAUGUUGUAAUUUUUGUUUUUACCACAUCAGCCAUCCCCCACCAAGGUAGGGGUGACCCAAAAAAGUAAACAUUCACCUCGACUUGAUGUGAGAUGACUGAUGUGGAAAAAAGUAUAUAUUCAAUGCCUUAUUUAAUCAGAUUUCAUAUACUUUUUCUCACACAGUCAAAUCUUAGUAAUACUAUUAGUCUUCUUCCAAGCUUUGGUUAUUUGGUUCAUACAAAUAUCAGGUUUUAGGUUAAACUGCUGUGUAAUACUUGCUUAGGUAUUGUGCUGGCUUGAGAGUCAGUUGCCAAAGUCUCUCCCUGAACACCUCCACCUCUCCCAAUCUACCAUCUGUGCCAACUUGAUCAUGUGGGAAUGAAUGAUCCUUAUGGGCUUAUCACUUUCCAAAAAUAUAGUAAUAUACUGUACAUACUCAGCGUACUUAAGAGUAAGACAGAAAGUAGGAUUGCUGAGGAACAACAAGGAUUUUGGAAGAGUAGGGGAUGUGUAAACCAGUUGUUUACAUUGAAGUGUGUAAGUGAGCAGUACCUGAAGAUAAGACAUUUUUUUUUUACAUUUAUAGACUAAGAAAAGGUAUAUGAUAGGAUUCUCCAUGGAGAGAUGAAACAGAAUUCUUCUUCCGUAAGCCAUGCAUGUCAUAAGAGGCGGCUAAAAUGCCGGGAGCAAGGGGCUAGUAACCCUUUCUCCCGUGUACAUUCUUAAAGUUAAAAAGAGAAACAUUUGUUUUUCUUUUUGAGUCACUCUGCUUCGGUGGAAUACAGCUUGUUUGUUGAAAGAAAGAAGAUAUAGGAUGAAUAGGAAAUCAGUGAGGCAGAUAUUUCAAAUAUGUGGAAUAAGUGAUAGGUUACUAAAAGCAGUAAAGAGGUUUAUGCAGAUAAUGAGGCUCAGGUUUAGGUAUGUAGAUGAGAGGGAAUAAUAUCAUUCUUAUAUUAUGAUGAGCUGUUGGAGUGUUAUUUUUAUAUAGCUGGACUUGAGUACUGGAAAUGGGAAGUACAAUGCCUGCACUUUAAAGGAGGGGCUUGGGAUAUUGGCAGUUUGGAGGGAUAUGUUGUAUAUCUUUAUAUAUGCUUCUAAACUGUUGUAUCUGGGUGCCUCUGCAAUGACAGUGAUUAUGUAUGAGUGAGGUGAAAGUGUUGAAUGAUGAUGAAAGUAUUUUCUUUUUGGGGAUUUUCUUUCUUUUUGGGUCACCCUGCCUCAGUGGGAGACAGCCGACUUGUUGAAGAAAAAAAAAUCUAUGUUUCAUUAAGCCAUUCAGUUCAAGCAGUAGUGAAGGCUCAGUCCUCCAUUCACUAAUCUUUAGAUGAAUAUGCAGCAAUCUUAGACAGUAGGCUAGUGGGAGAAUAAGCUAGAGACCAGCUUAGUCUGAUUAUAUUAUUAUUAAUGAACUAAAGAUACUAUUUUUCAGUAAAAGUAGGUCUUAGAUAAGGGUGUGUGAUGUCACUAUGGUUGCUUAACAUAUUUAUUGAAGUAAAUACUAGGGUGCUGGGGAGAGGUGCAGAACUAAACAGAUGACAAAUUAGAUAUAUAUAAAAUGAGAGUUGAUGGCAGUUCUUUUGGGAGAUUUUGAAGAGAACUCACAAUGGUUAUUUGAGGAAUUGGGGAGAGUAUGCAAAGAAAGAAAUUAAGGGUGAACAUAGGUAAGAGCAAGUGAUGAGCGCAACAAGAACUCUAGGUAAUGUAAGAUUGAAUAUCAGAUUAGAGGGAGGCAGUAUCGAGAAAUUUCAUUUUAUUUCAAUAUUUGGGAGUGGACCUGUUAGCAGAUGGGUCUUUGAAGGGCAAGGUAAACUAUUGAAUAGAAGAGGGGGAAAAAGGUUUGUAGUGCAUUAAGACAACAACACAAAGAACUUUAUCCAUGGAGGCAAAAAGGAGAAUGUACCAGAGUAUAAAAGUACCAAUACUGUUACGUGGGUGCGAAACAUGAGUUCGAAAUGUUGCAUCAAGGAGGAGGCUGGAGCAUUGGAGAUGGUGUGUUUGAGGGCAAUGUUUGGCCUGAAUAUUAUGUAAAGAGUUUUGUGUGUCAUGGAGAUUAGAAGAAUUUGUUGGGUUACCAAAAGUAUAAUUCAGAAGGCUGAGGAAGCAACAAUGAGAUGGUUUGGGCACUUAGAGAGGAUAGAGCAAAACAGGAUGAUUAGGAAGGUAUAUAAAUUUGGGGUAGAGGAAGGGAGUGGUAGGGGGUUCCCCAGGAAAGGUUGGAGGGAGGGAGUAAAGAAAGUUUUGAGUUCUAGGGACUUAAACAUUUCUACUGGUGUAUGUAAACACUAGGUAAGAGUUUUUUCAGACCUGACAUACUGUUGGAGUGUGAAGGGAUUCAAGGAAAUUUAUUAACUAGACUUGAGUCUUGGAGGUGAAAAUUACAGAUCUUGUAUUAUGAAGGAGGGGUGGGAAUGUUGCAGUUUGGAGAGCCAUCUGAACUGUAAUGUCAGCAUACUCUGAUGAGUCAUUGAAUGAAUGAUGGUCGACAUGUUUCCUCUUUCUUGGGGUCACCCUUUCUCAGUGGGAGAUGGCCAGUGUAUUUAAAAAUUACUGUAUUGAAAAUCUGAAUCUAUCAAUAAUAUGCAGUAGUACUCAAACUUACAAUAUUAAAUCGUUCUUGAAAAUUCAUUGUAAGUCAAAUGUUUGGUACUUUUAACACAUUUUCCCGUAGAAACCCAUGUUAUAAUCAGAAAUGCAUUCCUAAGCCAUAAUAUUUUAUCUAAACUCAUUUAUAAUUUUAGCUAAGAAUAUUUAUCCAUUAGUUACUGCUCUUUUUCAGUUACAAUUAGUAUUAAACAUUGUAUAAGUUGUACAUGUAAUUGUACAGAAGAGAGCUCUAAUACAUUGUACAGUAGAGUACAUGUGUAGGGGCUGGCAGCAGUUGGACUGGCUCAGAGGGAGGGAGAGCUUUCUUAAUAUUCAUAAUAUUAGCAUACACAAAUUAUGAAUGCAUUUGGUAGAGAAAGCUAACCGAGAUGAAAAAAAUUAAUAAUUCAGCUUUAAGAAAAUUGUUAAUAUUAAAUCUGUUGUUCUUGACCAGUUUCUGCCAAACAAAUGUGAACUCUACAUCCAUUAAAUAACCAUAAACAAAAAUUGCAUUUAAUUAAAAAAUGGCAAAAGUUACUUAUUUAAAAUUAUUGUUGCAUAUUUGCAAUAAUUGUCACAUAUGAUCAGCAUUGGUCAAUAAAGUAAACAUCUGAUAAAAUAUACCCCGACAAAAAUAGCUGGGCAAAGGCUCAACAUGUACAUGAAGAGGACCAAAUCUGCUAUAUCAGUUGACUGUUAGAUUAUACAUUUGAUAAAAUGAACCAACACCAGUUAAUUGCACGUUUGUGUGGUCUAGGGUUUGUCCAGGACCUGUCCAUCUUCAUUGUGGUGAUAGAGACAAGUCUCUUGUGUCCAACUGGAAAUUAUGUUGUCAGAGACAAAAUAAUUGUUUACAGAAGUGCAAAUGGGGAGGCAGGGAAGGAAGUGCAUCCAGCCAAGCCAACCAGCCAGGCCGCCUGCCUGUGGUACACAUAUAGUCUGCCACUCGCUUCUGGUACACAUGUACAGUCUCCCUCCCAUCUGUGAGCAAGAGAGAGAGAGAUACAGAUAAAUCAAUGCAUGCUAGCAUUAGUUAUAUCUUUGUAUGUCCAGCUGUGUCAUCCAUACAGUGGACUAAGUAUGUUAAUCAAAACUUUCAAUAUAACAGAUUUUUUUGCAAAAGUGAAUACUCCUUCACCAUAUUAAUCCAUUUUAUCCCAUGUUCACUGUAGUUAAUUAAUUGUUUGUAGCUCUAGUCAUUCAUAAAUUUAAUACUAUAACCUUUUAAUGAAUUAGAUAAAAGAAAUUGAGAAAAUUAUUUAUUUAAAAUAAUGAUAAUUACUGCAGAUCAGUAUUCAAAAUUAAUUAAAUUGGCUCCAAAGAAGUGCAAAACAUCAUAAAUGAGAAUAUGGUAAGUUGGCAUCCUUCUGUAUGUGUUAUUAGGGAAAAAUGCUAAACCCAUAGUGAUUAUCAGUGCCUGGGCAAUCAGCAUUUGAUCCAUAGAGAAAGCCAGGUUCAGUUCCUUGCAUCAAGAACCGCUCGCUGGCAUCAAGGAACCUCCCUCGAGGAGUUACUAAUUCUAAACACCAGGUUGAUUGUCCCCUACUUCAAAAGUAUACUGUACAAUGAUUAGUAUUAUAUUCACAAAAAUGUGCCAGACCCUUAUGUAUCAUAUAACUAUAUUUUGUUCCCAUUUUAUCCAGUAUGUAGUACAAAAUAAUCCAACUAUUACUUUUUGAUAAAGUUCAUUAGAAUUCUAAAUGUAUUAGUCGCUAUUGGAGUACUGCACCUUUACUGCACUUAAAAAAUAUUUAUUAACAAUUGCUAGAAUAAAUCUUACAACACA